GUCUCGCCACCCAAACAACCCCGAGUUGAGAGAAGGUGGCAGCCCGGCCGCAGUGCGCGUGCGCGGGGAGGUUUCCGGGGUUAAGGGUUGCGAGGCGCAGCGGGGCGGCCAGCUGGGCGACGCGCGGAGCAGGGCCAGGAUGGACGAGGACGUGCUGACCACCCUCAAGAUCCUCAUCAUCGGCGAGAGUGGCGUGGGCAAGUCGAGCCUGCUCUUGAGGUUCACAGAUGAUACUUUUGAUCCAGAACUUGCAGCAACAAUAGGUGUUGACUUUAAGGUGAAAACAAUCUCAGUGGAUGGAAAUAAGGCAAAACUUGCAAUAUGGGACACUGCUGGUCAAGAGAGGUUCAGAACAUUGACUCCCAGCUAUUACAGAGGUGCACAGGGCGUAAUAUUAGUGUAUGAUGUCACAAGGAGAGACACCUUUGUUAAACUGGAUAAUUGGUUAAAUGAAUUGGAAACCUACUGUACGAGAAAUGACAUAGUAAACAUGCUAGUUGGAAAUAAAAUUGAUAAGGAAAAUCGUGAAGUUGAUAGAAACGAAGGCCUGAAAUUUGCACGGAAACAUUCUAUGUUAUUUAUAGAGGCAAGUGCAAAAACCUGUGAUGGUGUACAGUGUGCCUUUGAGGAACUUGUUGAAAAGAUUAUUCAGACGCCGGGACUGUGGGAAAGUGAGAACCAGAAUAAAGGAGUGAAAUUGUCACACAGGGAAGAAGUCCACGGAGGAGGAGCGUGUGGGGGUUAUUGUUCUGUCUUAUAAACUCUGGGAAAGUCCAUCUCUUGCAUAUUUGAUCAGAUAGUGACAUCUUUCUGUACAUAAACUCUUUAACUGCUAUUUUAGGGACCUUGCAGUUUGCACAUAUUUGUUAUGUAUCAUGGCAGUAAAUAUUUGCAAGAAAUCCCACUCAUCUGCUUUCCCAGCUAAAUUGUUAUGGUAAGCAUGCACAGUUUGCAGUCUGCCGUUUUUUAUGUAACAUAAAAUAAGUGUACCUUUAUCAGUACAUUGGAUUUUAUGAUUUACAUUUAUCAUGUGAUUAAAAAAAAGCCACCCACCUAGUAUAUGUUGAUACAAAGCCUACUUUUGGUCUCCUUUUUGCUUCAAUAUGCCUAUCAAUUACUGAAUUAAUUGGUAUGUAGAGUUCCUAGAACCACUGGGAGAUACACAGGUAUCAUCAGACCUGGCAGGGGGUAACAACAAGCAUGAUUCCCCAACUCUGCUAGGAUGUCUGCUGAGAGAGUCUCUUUUAGUACCUCCGCAAAAAUCUCUUUACUGAAUGUAGUCCAGGUCAAUUUAUAAUUAAAUCUCUAUUUGUUCUGAUGAUGCUUUUAAAAUAGCAUUGAUAUGUUAAAGAAGUUUGAUCUUUUUUCACUUCAAUGAGUAGCUCAGUUGCUUUAAUUGGAGUUUUAUUUCUGUGAUGUACAUUGGAUUCAUGAGCCUAUGUGCAGCAUUUUUAGUUCUGUGGUGUUAGAGUAGCAAUAAGGGUUUCCCCCAUUUUGGUUUCAUAGGGACACAAAUAGUCUCAUGUAGUACUUACACUUAUCAAACAUCUUUCCCCCUAAAUGGUGGUGUUUGUCCACAUACCUCAAUUGUAGCUUGUGUAAUGUAUAUGAAUAUCUGUAUCGUACGACUUCCAUAAAUGACAAGUUGAUACUGAAAAACCUAUUUCUGUGUCUUGAUGGUUGGGGGAAAAAAAAACACUAAAUGACAAUUUGAGAAAGGCAUAUUGCUUCCUGAUUUUGAUGUGGGUGGGAAAAUAUUAUUGCAAUGAAAUUCUUGGUAAUUUACUGUAACAAGUAGCCAGUAGUUUAUCAAAACCAAAUUGUACAGACUAAUAAAUCUUUUCCACAAUAUUCAAUUUUCUAACCUCUUGAAAUUGUACAUUGUAUAUCUUUUUAACUCAUGUUAUAUAAUUUACUUCAAUCUUUACUUUUUUAAGCUCUCAACUAAGUAAUUUAUCCUUUUAAGCUGGUAACUAUAAUACCCCUCAGUAAGAUUUUGAUAAUUUCUGGGCAGUGAAUUCUUUGUAUACAAUAGCAAAUGUUGAACAUUUUGUGGCCACCUUCAAAAUACACAUGGUAAUGGAUUUAUUUCAACUUUUCUUUCAAAAUUUGUACAUCUUCACAUAAAAAGAAGACUUCCAUUCUAACUUGGUUUAUGCUUGUUAGACCACUUCACAUAUGAUUGAAGGUUUUUUACACUCUGUAUGUUUUUACUAAAUAUGAAAACAUUUACUACAUUAAUGUUGAAGAAAAGUAGCAAACACAUGUACUUAGAGUUUGUUUGUCUUACAUUAAAACUUUAGAUUUGUAUAUCUAUGUAGUGUGUAUUGAUGACAUUUCUCUUGCUUUUUUUUUUUUUUUUUUUUGCUCCUUGGCUAGGUUUAUUUUCUUUUUCAUCUUUCGUUUGUUUUUAUUGUCUUGAUUUGGUCCAAGUUUGAAUAAACACUGAACUUUUGAAAACUUAUUUUGAUAGAUUUAUAUUGUAACCUUUUAUAGUUUUUGAAUAAAUAUAUCCUGGUUUCCCUAGA